AUGAACGCUUCGAUCACGACUACUGUUUUGAUCUCGACAAUUGUCAUUCUUAUUUUGCACGCCAAGACUGCUCGUUGUUGUGGCGGUUAUGAGUUAGAAAUCGAUUACAUCAGAAACUGUGACUCCGAAAACAUUGUCGAACUCUCUGAUAAAUUUACCGUCGUCUUGAAAUCAAAUUGUCAAGUAUAUAUAAACGGAUGCAUUACCACGUACGCCAACAUCACCAGCGCCACGGUCGAAUUCACCGUCCAAAAGGACUUGAUAAAGCUAUCGGGCAAAAGGGACGGUUGCAAACAGCUCGACGACGCGAAAUCGUCGACUGACAUUCAAAUGGCUUUGGAAAUACUCGGACUGCCGAAGAGCUGUCCAAUUAACAAGGGGACAGUGUGCUUCGGAAAUAAACCUAUUAACGUGAGAAAGUAUAAAUUACAAAUGAACGUAUUAGCCGGCAAUCUCAAGGGAAAAUCAGUAACAACCACUAACGGAGGCAAGACCUGUAUGGAGUUUUCGGCAAAAUUGGUCAACGUGUUCAUGAAAGCUAUUGGUCGCGGUGUGAUUGGUUAAAAUCUAUAAAUCUUACUACUUACCCAGAGGCGAAUCUUCAAUAUUUUUUUGAUAGGGGGGGGGAGCACAUAUAAAUUGUAUAAUUUUAAUUUUAAUUAAUAGCUAAUGUUUAUAACUAUAAAUAAGUAUCGAUAAGACACUUAAGCUGUAAAUCUUGUUUUAUCAGUUUGAAUGCUGCAAAUAAUGAUUGUUAUAAUAAUUAAUAGUUGGUAGUAUUAUUCUUAUUAGCUGAAUUUUUCAUUUAUAUGAUACUAGUAGUAAACUUAAAAAAAUUGUUGACAAAAAUUCAUAGGUGUACGUACUCCUGUGCCAUUUCCUUAAAUCCAUCACUGUAAUCCCUACCUAUACUACCUUCAUGUUAUCAUCAUAUACUAU